AUACACACACACACACACACACCCUUCCCGCCCGCCUCCUGAACCACAGGCAGGGGGUGGGUGGGCUUCCCCAACUAUUUAAGCAGAUUCCAGCAGAUGGUCGGGAAACUUUCCUCCUGGGGACACCUUACUCUUUCCAAACUUCUUGCCUCCUUCACAACAGACCUGGCUACUUUUUAAUUCCUUUCUUUUAAUUCCCCCAAAACAGCUCUUUACUUCUCCGAGCUUCUUCAAAAUUGUCAGUACUCUUCCUUCUCUUUGGGCCCAGAAACUUCUGUCCUCACCAGCCUUCCUCCAUUUCCGGACAUCAGCUCCUUCACUCAGCGAGGACGGUGGAGCUAACCAUGCCCUCCGACUUUCUAACACCUUUUCUGGAACUAGAUGAGGAGUUCUGCAAGAAUUUCCGCAGCCUGGAGGCGACAGAUGGCUUCUCUACCAGCUCGCAGCAGCAACGGCAGCAGCACAGUCAAAGAGUCCUCGGCUUCCAGCGACGCCAUUCUCUCUGCCCUGUGACCCUCCCCAACUCCAAGUUCAAUAGCUGCAGUUCUGAGUUGACCGAGGCAGCAUGUUGGGGCCUCAAUGUGGCCUCCAACCAGCAGUGGAGCAGGGAGGGUCAGCUUCCCCGCUCCUCGCUCAGCCACAUACCCUUCAGAGUUGACCGCUCAGUCAGCAUGAUCGAAGGCAGCAGUUUGGGAGGCAAAGAUGACAAAACAGCCAACACGUCCCCACCACUGCUGCUCCCUCCACCUGGCCUUGGUAUCAGUAAUACCUGCUUCUCCUCCAGUGUUUCCUCCCCUUCUUCCAGACCCCUGGCGCCACCACCACAUAUCUCCACUCGAUACAAGACAGAACUGUGCCGCACAUAUGAGGAAAGCGGGGCCUGCAAGUAUGGUGCCAAGUGCCAGUUUGCUCAUGGCAUGGAUGAGCUGAGAGGCCUCAACAGGCACCCCAAGUACAAGACAGAGCCUUGCCGCACAUUCCACACCAUAGGCUUCUGCCCAUACGGUGCCCGCUGCCACUUCAUUCACAACGCUGAUGAGGUCAGCACCGGCAGUGCUGCUGCAUCUCCACAGAAGCAGAAGCUCAGGCCUCCCCUGCUGCGUCACAGCCUUAGCUUUGCAGGUUUCUCCUCCUCUCCACAGACCUUCCAGCCAGUAAAGGAGUCACAGCCUUCCUCCCUCCUUUUCACCCGGGCCUCUUCUGUCUCCCCUCCUCCGUCCUCCACAGGAAGCCCUGAGCUCCUCUCCCCUCUCUUUCCUGAACCCGGACCACUGAAGCAUUACCCCUACCCCUUCUCUGGCAUUGGAGACCAGGCAGGCGACAGCAGCGAUUCAGCUCUGCGCUUCUACGCCGUGACCGAUUCUGUCAGCACCAGGUGUCCCACCACAACUUUUACACCGAAAAACCUCCCCUACCACCUCCCCCAGCAGCCACCAACCUCCCUGAAUGCCCGUCCCAGCCUUCUGCGCUGCUCCUCGGCUGACUCCCUCUCUGAGGAAGGCUACACAUCCUCCUGCUCCCUCAGCUCUUCCUCCAGUGGCACAGAGUCGCCAAGCUUCGAGGGCCGACGGCUGCCCAUCUUUAGCCGCCUUUCUGUUUCAGAUGAAUAGAGAAGGGUUUUACUGUAGGGCUGAAUUUAAUCAGGGAUAUAUAGUCUAAUAGUUUUAACUCUGUGUGAUCAGUAUAGGAUGUUAAUCUCUUCACAAAGAAUUAAAACAUUAGGUUUUCUGUUCCUUCCUAAAUCCAGCAGACCAUCUAUCUUUGUGCAUAUUGCAUUUUUCAUCCAAGCAGGUGUAGCACUGCUCAGUGUUUGUCCAGUUUAAGCUGACUUUCCUUUUUUCUUUUCGUAAGCUUGUUUUUUUUAAUGCCAAUGUUACUGCUGUAUACUGUUGUAUACCCAUUUUUAAGGACUACUCUGAGGGUUCUUCACUCAGCUCAGUGUUCAUCCUUCCUGCUCAGGGGGAGUUCUGUGUGAGAAUUCCCCGUACCCUUAUUUAUGAAGGAUUUUAACAUUAGUGCUGUUCGCUCUGUGUAUGACUGAUGUGUCGUCCAACAUAGCGGUGUUGGGUUUAUUUACAGAUCAGUUUCAACAAUGCACGCCUGCAGCACUUCUCCAGUCAUAUUUGGGGUUCUCCAACUGUAUUCAUCCAACCUCUUGUCCAAGAGGAUUGAAUAACUGUACGCUGUCACUGAUUGAUGAAUUGAUUGUAUUUGUCAGUUAUUUUGAAUGCCUUAGCAAGAAAAACUAGCCCAAGUGUAGGCAGCCCACUGACUAGUUACCAAAGUUAGAGUUUUCCUAACCUACUAGAACUGCUAGCCAUGACAAGUAAUCUACAGUGUUAUAAUUAUUACUAUAGCCUAACACUUUUUUAGCCUUAUUUAUUCCUUUGUGUGUAAUUUGUUGUUCGUGUCAUGGUUGCUUUGUGAUUGUGUUUAUGCAUUCUUAAUAAUGCCAGAGAAAUUAUGCUUUACUUAUGCAUUCACCUUGUCCAUCUGCUUGGUUUUACACUUUCCAGUAGCUUUAAGAAGGCUUGUGGAGAGGAGAGAGAAGGAGGAAGUGAAACAUUUUGGCAUUCUACAUUCAUGUUGCCUUAUUGGUUUAUAGGCCUGGCAGAAAUCAAGACUCACUGCGUUUUUGCAUCACAAGCAGUGCAACGCUUUCUCGAGCAUCCUCGGCCAUGCGCUGCUGGUGUGAGCGCGCAGUGAGUCUACUCUCCUCUCCGUUAAGCCUCACAUCUCCUGACUCAAAUAAUAUUUUCUCUAACUCAUAAAUCCUGUUAAAUAUAAAGCAAAAUGUGACCUUGGUGUGAGCCAGCAGUGGCAAAUAAAAAUGUUAGUACAUUAUGAUCAUCGGCUUGGAGAUACAAGACCACCACCACAAAAAGAAAGAAAGCAUCUUUUGUAAUAUGUGAAACGAGUGGUAAUAUUCCCUCCUGCCUGUCAGGACUGCUGUGUCUUGUGGUUAAAAUUGUGUGCUAUCUUCUUCUCUUGUGACCUAAAUACACAGGUGAAAAGGUGACCUUCGAUUUAUGGUUGACUUUAAUCUACCAGAGUUGGUUUUAUGACAAUGUGUUUGGUUGACUUCUGUUGCACGCUAGCCGAGUCUCUGAGCGGCAGGUGAAAUCAUGCAAGUUCAAAUAAAAUCAGGCAAGAUUUUUAUUCUUUGUUUUUGUCAUGAAAGACUCGACCUGUCCCGACGAGUCCAGGGAGGCUUCUUGUUGCUGUAGCUUGUUGCUGGCUUGACAGCGAGCUGUUUUUUUGUAACUUUUAACUUAAAGUCUUAUUUAUUUUUGAUUUUCAAAGCAAAACCUAUAUUGUGUUGUCUGAUAAUGUGUUUUUUUGAUUUACAUAAUUUAAGUGCAUCUAUUGUUUACAUUCCAUGAGUUAUGUUGAUAUGCUAGCUCUUUAUCUUAAUAUAUAUGUCCACCUUUAUUUCAAAAUAAAAGU